AUGGUGACUACAAUGCUUGGCUUGAGUGCUUGUUCAGCGAGUGCCCACACUCUUUCAGAUCAGAACAUUGUCGGAGUGACAGAACAUGAUGGGGACUCUAGAAGGUACAUCUUACCACUGCCUGAGGUAGAGAGCUGGCGUAAACACCGCAUGGGUUUAACACAGACAGCCAGAUCAUGCAACCUGCUGGAACCAGAUACGCUCUCAGAGACUCUUGUCUCCAGAACAGCUAGUUAUGAUGUACUUUAUGAACUGCGAGCACAGGAGAUGGAAACAGCAUUUCCUUUUGAGGGUAGCAGCAUGUUUGAAGUUCCAACUGUGGGUCUUGGGCCUGAAUUUCCUGUUAGUCCGCACAUCAUUAAACGCAGAAGAGGUGGAUUGAUUGAACAGAGAGACAUUAUCAAAGCACAUGAGGCACACAAAAUGCAGAGCACUCCCCAGGCAAAGCGGAAAGAAUGGGACUACUGGGCUACAGCAUCUCACGUCUUCAUCUACUGGGCUACAGCAUCACACGUCUUCAGCUACUGGGCUACAGCAUCUCACGUCUUCAGCUACUGGGCUACAGCAUCUCACGUCUUCAGCUACUGGGCUACAGCAUCUCACGUCUUCAGCUACUGGGCUACAGCAUCUCAUGUCUUCAGCUACUGGGCAACAGCAUCACACGUCUUCAGCUACUGGGCUAUAGUUCCAGUCUUAACCAACUUGAUUUAG